GGACGGGAGGGAGGGAUCUGGAAGGCAGAGCAGGGCGAGGAAAAAGGACGAGAAGGAGACGGAGCAAAGAGGAAGGGAAGGGAAGGGUGAGACGGGGAGACGCGAGCGCAGAGCAGCAGAGCAGAUCGGGCUUUUCUUAACAGAUCGAUCACCCGGACGGAUCCAUGAUUGUUAUUCCGGCCCCGUGCUAGUCGAGGGAAUCCGAGUGCCAAUCCUCUCAUGCUGGUCUCGUGAUUAUUUGAUCGUGUUUUGGUGAUCGGCGAGUACCUGCUGCGAGACCGGCAGCAACGCAGAAGAGCGGACGAGCUUAGGGCGGUCGGACGAAAUGGGAGGCGAGACGUUGCAGUCGGCGCCCGUGACUACUUCUGCGGUGUUAAUGUCCACCUCCAAGCACAUCACGUCCAGAUGUGGAGAAGAGAAUCGUGCUUUCCUCAACUGCAAGCGGGACGAUCCCAAUCCCGAGAAAUGCCUCGCUCAAGGACAGAAAGUUACAAAGUGUGUCGUUUCUUUGUUGCGUGAUUUGCAUGAAACAUGUCCUAAGGCUAUGGAUGCAUUCACGAAGUGCAUGGACUACUAUGGUAAUGAGUUUGAACUUUGCCGAAAGCAGCAAGCGGAUUUUGACAAGAGCUGCCCACUUUGAUGUCUUACAUUCGGAGUAUCCAUUGUGGAUCAGCUGACUUACUUCUGAUGAAAUCUCUCCCGCUCAAGCCAGCAAGUAACGUCAAUCUCGUUACAGGCAGGCAGUGCCAAAGUCUGUGUCUUAUGGACUAGUUGUAGAGAUCUGUUCUUAUAUUGUCAUUUUUUUCACGGGAUGAAUAUUUGACCGUUUUUGGGUGAGCAUUUACUCCUGAUAAAGAGGUUAUACAUUUUGGCGACUCUCAUCUUGUUAACUUGCUAUUUCAGCGUAAAAUGAAGAUAGUGUUUAUGCGCCAUGCUUCUCCAUUCUAUUGGUAGAUUUCUAUAGAGUAUAUGAGCAUCAGUUUGGUGUAUCUUCGUGGUUCGUAGGUGCAACAUAGAAACGAUACCCUGCACUUAAAGUGAGUCGGUAUUCCAGAUUAUUGGAAAAUCCACAGAAAAUUUCAGGCAUCACUUCGGUAGCUUUGGACAACAAGUUUCUGAUGGUAUAAGAGAUUGGAAGAGUUCAGCAAGUGAUCGAAAGUUCAAGUUUCAAUUGUA